AUGUCCGAACAAAAUCGACCAAGCUCAAAUGGGUCUAAUUAUUCCCCAACAUCAUCGCCUGCUCCCACCAGCAAAAGGCAACGACUCCUUGGCCUCGCUAGAGCGACUAGAGACACUUACAUUCCAAAAAUCACUACUUCUGUAUCCCUGUUUGCCUCAGGAAUCGGAUCAAGAUCCAUUGAGUACGAUGAGUACGGAAUGGUGGCUGCAUUACCCAAGAGCACCCAGUUCACGCUAUAUCCCUCGUAUACCAGAAGGGUUGGUGAUCAUUACAUCAUCACCGUACGUGGCUGGAUGUGGUGCCCAGGAACAAUGUCUAGAAAAAACCGCUUGGUCUUGUCUUUGGCCAAACAAGUCACUCGUUCCAAUGACGAUUCCGCUCAGGUAGCCGUGGACCGGCUCGAGCACGAUCCCUCCUUGUCUCAGGACGUCGCCUCGCCAUCGGAACAAGAUGAUUCUGAUAACGCUUCAAUAUCCACGACGGGUUCAGGUGCUUCAGGUGCUAGUUCUGCCUCGCCUCAACUGCGUGACUUUGAUGCUCGUCUCAAAAGCCGUCUUUCGUCUUUCUUAGCACGCUCGAUCCCCAACGCAGGCCUCGCCAUAGUGGUUGGAGCUGAUACUCUGGAGCAUCUGGAACUACGGCAGGUGUCGGUUGUUACAGACCCUAAUGGACACUUUAGCGCUGAACUUGAGGUACCCUAUCAGCCCUCCGUCGUCCUGGUAACAAGUAAGAUUGACGAGACUGUUUGUGCAUUUCAAGAGAUCCAUCUUGUGGACUACAAGGGUUAUGGUAUUAUCAGUGACAUUGAUGACACGGUGAAGCUUACCGGUGUCAUUGGAGACAAAAGAGAGCUCAUGAGAAGGUUGCUUCUCGGUGAAGUCGACUCGUGGGAGAUCAAGCCGGUGGUCAACUGGUUUAACCAGAUAAAGCACCGCUUUAAUGCCACUUUUCAUUACGUAUCCAAUUCACCUUGGCAGCUCUUCGCAACAAUUCACGAGUACUUUCAUCUGGUGAACCUCCCACCUGGCUCAUUCCAUUUGAAACAGUACACUGGAAAUAUUAUAUCUUCUCUCAUGGAGCCAUCUAGCUCUAGAAAAAAGACGUCACUUUCGAGAAUUCUUAAUGAUUUCCCUGAGAAGCAGUUCAUUUGCGUGGGUGACUCGGGAGAACAUGACUUCGAGGCCUACGUUGAUCUUGCUGAGACAUAUCCAGGCCAAGUCAAAAGCAUAUACAUUCGUGUCGUCGAAGACUCAUUGUCAGAUGUCGAUGAUGGCAAUAUUUUGAAAGAGAUGAGGCGGCUCCUCAAUGUGUGGAAAUCAAAGCAGUCAACCAAGAGCCCCUACAAGAAGUCUCCUGAAGUCUCAAAUGGAGAUUUAAUAGAUCUUUCUGACGACUCUCCAAAGAGUGAGUCCCCCAAACCAUUGAAAAAACAACCACCUCUGAUCCCCAAAAAGCCCCGUGCUUUGAAAGGCUCGAGUAUUCCUAGGGCACCUCCUUUACCUGAGAGAAAGUAUGGCGGUCAAUCAGAUACACAGAUUUUGCAUGAACAUAUUUCCGAGCAGCGUGGAGCUACUCCACCUCCUCUUCCAAGGAGAAAAACAUCACCUCCUGUUAAAGAGUUUGACGUCGACGAGCAGUUGAGUCUCCUUCGAAUCCACGAUGUCAGUAGUUACUAUGAGCUCGAAGAAUACGACAAGAAAGGUGGGAUGUGGCUACAACGUCUCUCGAGAGCUCUUGAGACACUAGAUGGUGCUGGAGUCGAUAUUGCAUUUUUCGAAGACCAAGACGAAAGGUUCUUCCAAGAGACCUUGACCUUUCUCGGCAAAGGAAUACAAUAG